AUCUUUGCACAUGCGUACAAAAGUCGAUUGUUAUUUUGUCUGGUGUGACGUCUACCUGUUCAUGAGUGAAAAUGUCCUCGUCAUUAUCGCAAGGCUUCGGGGUACACUUGUGUUGUCCAUCUAUCCAGGUCGUGUAUGCCUAGGUCAGCACGGACUGGUCAGUUAGGGCCCGGGAUCGGUCACUCCGGAGUGUGACAGUUCACUUGGCCAAGUGCAAAGUCUAUCUUGGUGUUAAUAACUGAGGUAUUAUGCUUUUUCGCGUCAACUGGAGAGUAAAGGUCCCAUCGUUGUAUUGGACGUUAAUGUCAUUUAGUACAUCGCACGGAGCCUGGAAAUGGGCCGAUCGUUUGCGGAUAAGACGUACGACCGUGGAUGAUUACGAGGGGGUCGUUUCUGUUAGAAGUGAUAUCAACAGGGGCUGUGAUUACAUUCCGGGGACAUACCGCCAAUUACUUAAACAUAACACUGGCUAUGCUGGCUUCAUUGAUCACGAAUUGGUAAGUUUCAUGUUCGCUGCUGAAAUUGACAACGGAUGCAGUGUCGUAAUUCAAUCUGGGCGGAUUAAAGAAGAGUAUGAAGGCAGAGGAAUCAUCUCGGCGAUGAAAAAACAUUCCUUUCAUGAUCUCUCUAGAACUGCUACCAGAAGCGUCUCGGUCACAUCGUCACCUUUUGCCUGCGACAUACUUCUCCAGAGGAAUGCACGUCUUUUGUGCAAGAUGGAAAGAUUAAUUUUCGCAACAUCAAGACAUGCUCUCAAGAACACGCAACGAUCACCAAAGGUUGACCAGUCGUCCACGAUACCAGCGGACGAUGCUUUUCUAAAGAAUAUUUUUCUCUCGUCUGAAAUCACAUCAACCAUUUUCCCAGAAAACAGGCUAGUUAUAAGAGGAACUCCGUAUGAGUUGGUGACUUCAAACAUCGAGCGCAUAUUGUGCUUAAGCGACCAAAUCUUAGUGAGUAAGGAUUAUGGAACCGGAUCUGCCAAUUUGAUUUCGUUUGGAUCAACAUGGCGAAGUAAUCAUACUGAUGUAGUGUUUAUCAACCUGUUUGGUGAAUCUGUUGAUGAUAAGAUAAUCUUCGAGCAUGUCCAUCGACAUGUAGCAGGGAAGACGAGUUCUUGUGAAGAUAAGAUAAUCAUGUAUAUUGUUUGUACCAAGCAGCAACAUGAAGAGACCGUCAAACGUGUCUUGAAAAAGCACUCAUGGGAACUUCUGGUUGUGCAUGAUUUAUACGCCAUCGAGGAAUCGUAUUCCUGGAUGAAUUAAUCAACAGCAAACAGGGUGUUUUGAAACUCAACCAGGUACUGGACGUUGGUCAUUAUUCUUUAUAAAACUGUGCCCAUUAGUUGAUUACUAUGGCGCGGGAAGGAUGUCAUAAUUAAAUAUUUUUGCCUAGGCAAAAAUCAAACAUUGCUUAGGCAAAAAUAUUUCAGCCUAGGCAAUAUUCGAUUUAUGCCUAGGCAAAAUUAUUUCUGCCUAGGCAAAAAUCGAAUUUUGCCUAGGUAAUAUUUUAUUUUUGCCUAGGCAAAAAAUAUUUAAUUAUGACAUCCUUCCCGCGCCAUAGAUUACGCGAUAAUUAGACAAAGUUCUUCGUAUUCAGAAUUUGAAAGAUUCCCGAAUAUUUCUUUCUGACGGAAAUUCUCGAACUGUAAUAUGUCUUGUGAUUAUAAUAGCAAUCCAUGUUAUAUAAUUUUUUUUAUCUCGUUACAUAUUUUACAAAAAAUACAAUGUACAGGUAUGUUAUACAUGUAUUAAUAAAACAACUGGUUUGUUACGUAAUUAUUUCAUCAAUAGUCGUCACAUUUUUACGCACUAUCGACUGUGUCCCAUUAAUGUUUUGUGGGAGUGACAUGGAAUUGUCAGUUAUAAGUAGUUUUCCUGUCUCCAUCGCGUUUAAAUUAAAGGUUUGACUACAGCCCCUACAAGGUCUUAUAAGCAGGAGAAACUAGGCCCAGUAAAUUUGAAUUCUAUGUUGUUUAUUUAUUUAUUAAAAGUGGGCUAUAAAUAAAAAGAUGAAAAAAAAACAUGAAAAAAACUUUUAGAAAAUACAAUAUUUCCAAGGAUCGCUGAGGUUACGUGUAAUGAAGUCAUUUCUGGCAAAUAGUAGCAUGUUUCACAUGUACAAAUUAAAGGGGUUGGGGGUUGGAACGGUGUCCAAAUAACACGCCUCGUGGGACAGUUCCAAGAAUAGGUGUAAAUGAAAUGAGCAGCUGUGUGAAAGACUUAUCAGCAAUCUAUUUAUAAUCAUAUCCUGAUUAUUUUUGUAUAUGACCUUUUGACCUUGUGUCAUUGUCAAUAUUAUGACGUCACAAUCGAUUUUGCAAACACUAGUGUAAUACAAAAUGUACACCCUGGAACCUUUUUUUUAUUGGAUGAGCCAGUGUAAAAUCUAUAGUGUCGUCACAAUGACGUAAGACUAUAAUUUGAAAUGGCACGACAACAAAAACAACAACAUCCCGUUGAGUAUAUCCUCCCAAUUUGACAUGUGAAAGUGAAAUUUUUAAAAAUUAAUGUUUCAUUUCAUGGACAUUAAUUUGAUUUCGCAACACCCAUACAAUUCUUUCAUUAAUAAUAUCUCGUUAUAUAUAGCGAUGUAACAACUAUCAUCGUCAAAAAUGCAUUUUAUACUUCAUAUGUCCUUGGUAAUAAAAUGAGGUUAUUGAUUUCAA